AUGCUUCACUCUAGAGGAAGUGUGGCGAAUAUUUUGGCCGGUGCCUCCUCGUUCAUCGCGAAGGGAGCCAGGCUCAAAUCGUCGAUGGCCAAACAAGGCCGCAUCUCCAACAGAUCCUUUCCAUCUCCCAAGGCUGAGCUUUCAAGACCAAGAAUCGGCCGUCCAUCCCCAAGGAUAUCUCGUUCGAAGUUUGCUUCUCAAACACCAGAGGAACAGAGCGUGGUGGCCGAGUUCGAAACUCGCAUACGAGACAAGCUAGACCAGGACGGCACCAGCGUGGAUGAUGCUUUCAUCAAAAACAUUGCACAGGAGUGGGCGGCGAAUUUUCCAAAGGGCAAGCUGAUGGAGAGAGAAGAGCUACAGAAGGAUGAAACUAAAGAAUCUUUGAUUGAAUUUGUUGACUGGGUGAUACAAGAUGCACAAAAAACGCUCCAUGACACCAGGGAAACUGGAUCGUUGGAUGACGAUUUUCCUUCUGAUCCUGACUCCGAGGAUUUGGAACAUGUAAUGAGUGAGAUGGCAGAGCUUUACCGCACCAAUGGGCUGGAAAUGCUCAUACCAACGUUGAAGACACUCCACGAUGAUCCACAGAGCACCAUUCAGACCAUAGCCCUUCCCAAGCUGGCCGAACUCUUCAAUAUCGCAACCCAACUUGAGGACCCAGCCAAGAAGACCGAAGCUAUAUUUUUAGCUGGUGAGAUUUUGUACACCACGCCAAGAUUGCGUGCCGAUCCCAUCAACGAGUCCUUCUACAUCGAUUCCCUGAUAAAGAACAAAAAGUACUCGAAAGCCGAAUAUUUGUGGAACUCGCGGAAAGAUAAGCCAGACGUAUCAGAAUUCAGAUUCUGGUCUGAUAUCGGAAUCAAGAUCAACAUCAAUAAGCUGAACUUAGGCGGUGCUGAAGAGCUUGCAUCUGAGUGUUCCCAACGAUUUGGUUACGUUCAUCCAAGUAUAAUGCAGUUAUUCAUUCUGGUGUACUUGCGGAUGAAACAGCCAGAACAGGCAUUGGAUUGGUGGAAGCGAAUGAAGGAGUUGAUCAAGAAGGGAGGGGUGGUCAAACAUGUAUCAGAGUUGAACGUUGGAAUGACAGACAACCCUGGUCUCAUCUACGAAUAUCUUGAAAAGGAGGAACAGCCAACGUACUCAGAUGUGGUGACAAUUGCUAAUGCGUUUAUAGACUCUGGGGAGUUCGAACGUGCCAUCAGCGUGAUCAACACUUUGAUGUUCCAGGACAGCAGUCUUGCCAUAGAUGCAGUUGUCAGGAUGGUGAGGACACAGCUAUCUUACCCGACCAAAGAGCUUCUUCUCACGUAUUUGGAGAAGACGCCCUCGAGAAAGCUGGUUCCUUUCGCCAAAUCGCGACUAUCGAAGGUGAUAGUUGAUUCUAGAGAAAUACCAGAUGUGAACAGGGAACACCCGGUGUUCCUCCACAAGGUGCUCAACGAGCUCACCAAAUUGAAGACACCACAGGCUCAAGAAAUGCUGGUCAAAUUGGGAGAAGGCAAGAUUUCCAGCUCAGCAGACUAUUGUAUGCUAUUGAGAGUUCUUCUGAAGGCCAAAUCAAGAACCACCCUAGCUGUUGCAGAUGAGCUAAUACAGCUAAUGAACGAGUCAUUGAAGGCCACAAAUGAAGGCCAAACCUCCAACAUGAUCCCCCCAGCAAAUGCACAUAUGUAUACUAUCUUGGUUCAACAUCUAGCUCGUCGCAAGCAGAACACCAUUCCACAGAUUGAAGAGCUCAUGAAAAUAAUGGAGAAAGAAGGAAUCGAACAGAACGCUCACUUAGCCAACCAAAUCGUCCAUGCUUAUUGGAGAAGAAAGAUGUACCAACCACUUUUUGCAUACGCAACUUCAUGUCUGGAAAAUGAUAAAUUGGAGCUCACCGAGCUGUUCUAUCUCACUCUUUUCAGAGUUCAUUACAAGUGCCUGCGCUCAGCACAUACCAAGAAGGAAAUUGACGAUGAAAAGAAUGCCGUUCGCGAGUUAUUUGUGAAUUUCGUGAAACAGUCUCAUCUGUUUCCCGAAGCAGCCUCUUUUGAAGCUGCAAUUCCUGCUUUUCUGGUAUCUGGCGAUUUUGCUGGGGCAUGUGCGGCUCUUGAAUACAUGGGAACCGUAACUAACGUUCCUCCUAGUCUGGAAUUGGUGGCCAGUGUUGCCCACCAUGUUUUGGGUGCAUGGAGAAAGACCAGUUAUCUUGCACUAAAAGAUAGUGAGAACAUACCAGACGAUAUCCAGAUUGAAGUGAAGGCCUUUUUCUCUCAGCUCGAUAAUCUUAUGACCCUCAUGUCCAAAAACAAUAGAGCGCAACUGCAAUGGAAGGCCCCAGUCGGAAUUCUGCUGAAAUACAAGGAUAUCUGCAACUAUCAGACGUAUCCUGGUAUCACAGUAACGCUCAAUGAAGAAGGCGUCCGAUCAAGCAAAAAUGCCUUCUACAAUGAUUUCAACGAUUACCGAGGUAUUCUGGGGUUGAAAGAAAUGAACGAUCUGCCUGAUUUGGAAGGGGAUUUCUCAUUGGAAGCCACCUCUCUGCACUUUUGA